AUGACCUCGCGGACCCCCAUGGGCGUCCAGCCGCGGCCGCCUCAGCGCUCCGUGAGCUCUUCAUCGCUACCCGUUCAGCGCCCUCCCAAUCAGCGCACGUUAUCCGGGCAGCAGCACCAGUUCUUGCCAGCCUCGCCCGUCCGGAAAGACUCGUCCUUCAUCGACCUCACCGGCGAUUCCACCGAUGCCACCCCUAAUCGCUACAACACAACCCCAAGACGAGGCGGCUCACGCCUCCGCCUUGAGCUAUCUCACGAUGCCGCCGUCGGCCCUAUACCCGCUACCGAAUCUCCCCAGAGCCUCACCCCUUCACGCCUACCGACCAACAUCGACCCCUUCUCGACUGCUGCCGUCAGCCCAGCAGCCAGCAACAGCGCCAGCUCGACUAUGAUGCCGAUGCCGACGCGCCGCCCACCCCCAACACAGCCCAGAUCCGCCCCCCGAAUAACCACAGCCACGCCUGCGCCGGCGAAGAAGGAUACCCGACCGAAGCCGUACACGGUCGAAGUGCCUCCUCUCGCCCCGCGAUACCUGACAACGAACCGAUCCGAUGUUCCCGGCCGAACUCCAGUAGACCCCUUCAGCAAGGGACUCAACUCAGGAUACGCCGAUUUCUUCCCGUGGAAUGGAUCGCAUCACGAAGACGAGUGGAGCAGCGACGCCAUCACGAAGGGUACGUGGGACAAGGUCAACUUGAACGUUGCCGAGACGUCGUCCGCGAAGCUGGCCAUUUUCCCAGCCUUGAAGCAAAAGUCAGGCUUCAAUGCUCUUUCCACAAUUUUCAUGGGCGUCUUGACUCAGCGCAGGCACCGUGGUCAGAUCACCGCGCCCUCAACGUUCAAGCCGCCUCCGCGAGUGACCCUUACCGAUACGAAGAGAGAGGUCUGGCUCAAAGACCUGGCGAACCCUGCGAUCUCCCUGCGACGUCUCAGCCGGACGAUUCCCCACGGAAUCCGCGGCAGAACCCUGCUUGACCAGUGCCUGAACAAGAACGUCCCUGCCGAGAGGGCUGUCUGGUUGGCCAAGUGCGUCGGCGCCAACGAGAUAAGAGCUUUCAAGAGAAAGGGGGUGAAUGGAGCUUUUGUCAUGGGGGGUGAGCUGAAGUGGGCUCGAGACUGGACCGGCCUUGUUGAGCAGUUUGUCGAUUCUGUUGUGAAUGGGUUCGGCGAGAUCGACUGGAAGAACAGAGUUACAUAUGCCAUCCGUCUGGCAACAAACCUGUAUUCCGAACAGUUGCUAGACAGAGAUCAUUACCUAGACUGGGUUGUUUCGGGCGUUGAAAAUAGCCCUCAGUCUAAAAUUCCCAUGUGGAUUCUAAUAGCCCAGAUAUACUGGAAGGAUCUUCUCAGAUCUCGCAAGUAUGGCCGACGACUUGUAUUUGCACUUCUCAGCCAUCUCCAUGUGAUACACAAUGACCCUGAUCAAGACCUUCUUGUACAACUCUCGAGCAGACUAUCGUCUCUGCUCGGCUCCUUGGUUAGAAAUAACCCAGAAAGCUUCAUUUACCCCAGUGCUUGGUCUAGGUACCGGGACACACUCCAGGCUGCUCUCGGCCCAGACCACGAAGCAACCCAAACGGCUAUACAAACGAUUCAUUCACGCAACUCACGACUCCUUGUGUCCAGUACCGCCUCACCCCCGGCUGGCCGGAAUCAAUUGGUCAAGCUGCUUGACGCUGCGCUCAAGGGACCGGUUGACAACUUGACGGCAAACUGCUGGGCAACGAGCGAGAACAAGCCGCUCAUCAUGAAGACGGUUGUGGAGUGGGCGACCUCAUUUCACCGCCCAGGCCUCGCCAAGGUCUUUGUUGCGGCGCGACUUAUCCGACAAUGGAGCCAGUUCCGCGUGAACCCGACAACACCAAUUCUCGAGAUUUUGGAUGGAGUUGCGAUUCACGACAAGACGCGGAAGCAACUGGUAUAUCACCUUGUGACAGAGCUCGUUCGAACCGGCCACUUUUCCGUUUCUCAGUACAUGCAAUGGACGAUUGCCCGCGGUGGCUACCACGACGAGGCGGACAUUGAUCCAGUGGAGGGCCCUUGUUCAAGCCGACUGCUCGUCGAGUUGCCAGUCCAUGCUUUGUCUCAGAAGAAGAGGGGCGAGAGAGGAAACCUGCUGAGAAGAGCUGGAAACUAUUCAGUUAUCGACGAGGAGCAGGACAUUGCGAACGCCAUCAAAUACGUCAAACAUACCCUUGGUCUCCCACUGGCUCCUGGCGAUCCUCUAUCUGAGAAGAAGCCAAUGUCUCUCAAGAAGUUGUUGCAGCGGAUAGGAAGCAGCAGUAAUGCCCUCAGGAGCUGCAUUGGCGCACACCUGCGCGACUAUCUAAUCAACCAGCUAUCCGCCAAAACACACCCUCCCUUGUCUUUGGCGAUGUACACCUCUAUCCGUGGCAUUAUGGAGACGGCUGAAGACUUUACCAUGUUGUCAGACAUCCUCGGAGCUUGUUCCAAGACGGCAGAUGCUGAUGUCCUGGCAUCCUGCGCUGACACUAUCAGCUCAAACUUACAGAUAUUCUUUGCUCUGGGUAGCGCAGAUGACUUGUUUAAUAGCUUAAUCGAGCGCCUAAAGUCGAUCAACGAGGAGCAGGGGAUUGUACACCGACCACUGCUCGCUGCCCUCUCCAGCCUUGCUCAACGGAUGACGGGCCACGAAGAAAUGGCCAGCGAGCUUCACCGAGAGUUGCUCCAGUGCGAUCGAAACAACGCCAUCGACGCCUGCUCGCCUGUGUCGGAUAUCAUGUCUGCCCCUGCUCAACAUGCCGAGAGCGAAAUGGCGGAGGAAAUAGAGAAGCUCCUGGCUAGCGGCACACGAUUGGACCCUCCUACGAUGAAUCGACUAUUUAGGACUAUCAUUCCUCGGCUUGAGCGAGGAUGGGCGAAGAAGGACGAGACGCGACGAGUGUUUGGCAUGCUGCUUGCUAGGAUACGGGGAUUUGACGCUCAGCACUUUGACAAGCUCAUGACGGACUGGACGAGCCAUAUUCGGUCCCUUCAAAACCGGCCGCUCCUUUCGGACCUGUUCCCUCUUCUCGUAAGUUCGGGCUGCCUGGCAAUGCCAAUCAUCAUGAGCACAGCUAGCCCGCCAUCUGCGAGCAUGCAGAACGUGUCCCCGGAGACGGUUGCAACUCAGCAUGGGUCCGCCACCUAUCUGCAGGAGCUUCUGCAGCUUGUCAUUACUUCGCUACCGACUGCGACGGGCCUUUCUCCCGAGGAAAGCUAUCGAUUCCGCACCGAGCAAAAAUGCGCCAAGUUCGAGCAACCCAAGGGCCUCCUGAAUCUCGUUCGCAAUGCCCUCUUGGAGUACUCUGCCCUCAGAAGCCACGGCAACGGGGUCGAACUUCCACUCGACAACACUUCAUGCCAAGAGAGCCUCCUCGAGACACUGCGUACUCUCGUACUGGUGGAUUCGACUGCAGUAUCUAACGCCCUAAGCAUCAAGUCGUUACCAGCCGAAGCUGUCGGUAUUGUGCGCAAAGUAACGACCAAGCUCUUGAUCCCAGGAGACCCUGGCGAGACGCAAAUCUCAUUUGACCAGAUCCUACAAAUCGCAAAUGAGCUGACGCUGCCUUUCUGUCAACUCAAGCUGAACCUGGACUUGGCCAUGCCUCAGCCGAACUCGAACGAAGUCUCCGACCAAAGCUCGUCCCGCUUCGAACUCUUUGCCAAGUCUAUGGAACGGGCAAUCGAGGCGGGCAACAUCAUGUGGACAAGCCUUUUGCCUUGCCUGAGCGACGACAUCACUCAGCACCUCAAGAGCCAAGCUCAGGCUGGAUUCCUCGACCUGAUUCCUUCGCUCAAGUUCCCUAGUUCUACCGAGACGGGAUCGAGGCAGCCUAUUCACAUGGCUGAGAAUCUGUUGGGCGUCGUUGAGGCCAUCAUUUCGGGCCAAGCUCCUCCCAAGAUGGCGCAGCUCUCUCUGGGCAUGGUGGACAAACUGACAGACUUGUGGGAGAUUAUUGCAGCAGGACCCCAGGAGCGAUCCAACAUCCACGCAGAUGUCUUGGAGCACUGGUUGCCUGCUAUCCUGCGCUUCAUCACCCUCCACAGCUUAUCUUCGGAGCCUCCGUCAGCGCCUCUACCAACAGCCACCGCUACGCGACCUCCCAUGCCAGCCGUUCACGAUAUCCGAGCACGUAUCAUCCUCGUCCUCUGUGGUCUACUACUCGAGCUAGAACAACUGCCAGCUGCCACAAUCGGCUCGCUUCCUCAACAAGUCUUCGACAUUGCCAUUCUCCUGGUUGACGCACUUCCGGAAGACCUGCGAGUCAACUGCGCCAAAGCCAUCCUUCUUACACCGGGCGGCCUCCCUCAUCCUGGGACCUCGUCCGACCCGCGGUUGUAUUACCUCUUCAGCUCACCUCAGCCAGCAGCAUCAGACAAUCUGAUGCUGUCACACCGAGAGAAGGCGGCGUCACCGCACAGCGCCGUCGCCCGUGGCAUGGGUGCUCAGUACGGCAUUGGGCCUGCGGUCCAGGAGCGACUCAGUCCUUUUGUUCUUCGACGAUGGGAGGUGCUUAGUGAGCCAACUCCUAACGUGGGCGAGAACGAUACUAGCCUGAGCCUUGGUCUUUUCGAAGCCAUCAAGAUCCAGUGA